UGUAGCACGUCUUAUCACAGGCUUUAGUACAAGUUUUACGGUCCGAGUGUAAAGAUAAGCUUAAACCAAUUGAACGGAAUAUGUCCGAACUGCAAAGUGUUUCAUGUCUCGGUGGCGGCGUGCAUUUCUGGAAGGAAUUCAUAAAAAUCUAUGAGAAUUCGCCAGCUCUUUGGGAUACGAGAAGUAUGGCUUACAAAAAGCCUUACCUCAAGCGUGAAGCCUACGUUAAGCUGCGUGAUAAGCUACGCGAAAUAGAUCCAGACGUGCAAGUGGACUAUGUGAAACGGCGCAUUAACGGCUUGAGAUCCUGCUACAGGCGUGAAUUGCGGCGCAUACAGGAUAGCAAAAUGAAAGGUGACGACUUGUAUAGGCCAACUUUGUUCUACUUCAAAGAGAUGCAAUUUCUUGAUAAUGUGCUCGACAUUGAUCUGGAACGUGAUGCGCGCGAGGGCAAAGUGGAAAGACGGGGCCGUAAACCAAAUUCGAUUAAUAAACUUUCGAAGAAAGUCGUCCGAAGAGAUUCAUCGACUACCUCGGACUCUGAAGAAGACAGCAGUGACAAGUCCUCAACAUCAUCAACAGCGGCACAACAACAACAAAACCAGCAACCCACUGCACUACCAACAACAUUGUACGCCAAUGCCAACGUCACGCGGUCGCAAGAUGCCAGUCCUGAAACACAGUUUGCCACGACAUCCGGCACCUCAUACACAACACUCGCCUCCACGCCUUGGGCACUAUCGCUGGAAGCACAAACUUUGGGCGCUAGUUGGGUUGCGCUCUAUCAUCGUUUAGACCGCAAUCAACAGCUGUACGCCAAUAAGGCCAUAAUGGAAGUGUUGUACCAAGGCGCAUUGGGCCGUUUACAUGCCGACUCAUACAAAGCUCUGGAGCGUGAAAUGAGCCACAAUUUCCUGGAUGAUCAUCGUAUAAUGGAAGCGAUCAAUGAGGAGUUGGCGACCGAUUUUAUAACCAAAGUGGAUGGGGGAGGUCUUUACUGAGAGAAAUUAAAUGAUUUAAUUUUAUAGUUGUACUUUGUGUUUUUGUUUUGUCUUAUAUUUGGUAUUCUGUAAAAGGACAUCGAAGCUUACUUUAAUUAAUUCAGAAUACCUAGAAAUAAAUAUCAUUAGGAAAUAUAAUAUUUUAUAUGAGAAUUUCAGAUGCGCAUAACUCAACAGUUUAGUUGUUAAGUGAAUAGAUUUAGAAAUACGAGAACACAUACAUAUGUACGUACAUAAGUAGGUAUGUAUGAACGAGUAAUACUCGCACUGUUCGUUGUGCCCUUUUUCGUUAUAAGCCAAUAUAAAUUUAUUUUAUUAAUAUUUUUUUACUUUAUUAUUCUUUCUGGUGAGUUUUAAAAUAAAAUUAAGUCUUCAUUAAAAAUGUAAAAAUAAUUUUUAUUAAAUUUUCUUAUUCUUCUUUUAAAAUAUUUUUUAUGAUAAUUUCCUAUAAAUGUUAGUUAUUAAUUUUUGUUAGUGAUCUUUUUUUAUUAUUUAAUAUUUGUUUAAAAAUUUUCUAUUCGUCUAUUUAAAUAUUUUUUUAUUAAUAUUUGCCAAAAAUAUUUUUUAAUAAAUUUCCUUAUUCAUACGUUCUUCCUCUGUUAUUCUUUCUGGUGGUUGUCAGAU